CAACAAUCUUGGGCGAUUUUGCGAGUUUUGUCCCAUAUUUCAGCUUCAAACUCAAUGUUAUCGACGUUUGUAGCAUUUAUAAGAGUAUACUAAGACAACGGAUGCCUGCUACUUACAAGUGUUAUUCGUGAUAAGAGGAUCACGUGGGUGCAUCAAGAUCGGUGCGGGGCUUAGCGAUCUAAUGUUGUUCUAAAAAGAGACAAAUGUGGUUAACGAAUUUGAAACUAGUAGAAUAUUCUCAUCCCAACCCAACGGAGACAAUUAAGGCGCACAAAAUUAGUUUUGCAAAGUGAAUUAGUAUUUAUAGUGUUGGUUAUUUAAUUCUAGUCACUACAUUUAUAAACAGUUAUAAUCGGUGCUUUUGCUGGUUGAGUUUGUCUAAAACUGAGGUGUGUGUUGUUUAUUAGUUAACUUAAAAAUCAGUAUAAAUUUGAACAAAAAUAUGAAGAGGAAGUCUGCAGAGGAGAACCAGUUGAUGAUGAAUGGCAAUGGCCAUGGCCAUAUUGGAAACGGCAAUGGCCACAUUGGGAAUGGUGAUAAUGCGAACGGUGACAUUGCUAACAGUCAUUGUAAGGAAGAACCGGUGAAAAUCACAUUGAAACGUCACUUGGGCUUGCGAAAUGGCAUCGGGAUCAUCGUCGGGAUCAUCAUCGGAAGCGGGAUCUUCGUAAGCCCAAAGGGCGUGCUGCACGAAGCAGGAUCAGUCGGAGCAGCGCUGUGCGUGUGGGCAGCCUGCGGUUUCGUUACGCUGAUUGGAGCACUGUCGUAUGCGGAGCUCGGUGCCUCGAUACAGAAAUCCGGCGGUGUGUAUUCAUACACCAAAGAAGCAUUCGGAGACCUGCCAGCAUUCCUGGUGUUAUGGAUAAACUCGGUGAUCCGCUUUCCGACGGGGAAUACGGUGAUCUCGUUGACAUUCUCGUACUACAUCAUGCAGGCAGUGUUCCAGUCUUGUCAGCCUCCAGAUGUCCCAGUUCGAAUCCUCUCAGCUGCAGCCAUAUUGGUCAUCAGCUUCCUGAACUGCGUCAGCGUGAAGUAUGCGUCGAGGCUGCAAGACCUUUUGACGGGAAUGAAGAUCAUCGCAUUGGCUGUUAUCAUACUGACAGGCAUCGUGCAGCUUUGUUUGGGAUAUGGAGCCAAUUUCAAGGAUGGGUUUGAGGGAACCACCCGUGCUCCUGGUCAGAUGGCAUUGGCAUUCUAUUCAGGACUUUUCUCAUUUUCUGGAUGGGAAAGCUUCAACUACGUCACGGAAGAGAUAAAGAGGCCUGAACGGAAUCUCCCUCUUGCCUUGUGGAUCUCCAUCCCCUUGGUGACCGGUAUCUAUGUCAUGGCCAACGUUGCUUAUUUUACUGUCUUAACGCCAGAAGCCAUCCUCGGCUCUCAUGCAGUAGCUGUGACGUUUGCUGAUCGGUUAUUUGGUGUGAUGGCCUGGGUCAUGCCAGUGCUUGUGGCAUUCUCAUGCUUGGGCAGCCUGAAUGGUUGUGUCCUCUGUGGGUCAAGGAUGUUCUUCAUCGGAGCAAGGGAGGAACAUUUCCCAGAUAUGAUCGCCCUGGUAAACAUCAAGUGUUAUACCCCGGUGCCCGCCGUCAUGUUUACAGCAGCUAUGUCUCUGAUUAUUCUGACCACGUCAGAUGUCUACAGCCUCAUCACAUAUUUUGAGUACAUUGAAGCAUUUAUGUUGGCGUUGCCAGUCAUGGGACUCUUGUAUCUGAGGUGGAAACGGCCAGACAUGCCCCGCCCUGUGAAGGUGAAUCUUCUAGUGCCGGUCAUGUACUUGGUCGUGGCAGCGUUCCUGCUGAUUUUCCCCUGGUUUGUCAGCCCCCUGGAGGCAGCUGUUGGAGUCUGUAUGGUUCUGUCUGGGGUACCAGUCUACUUUAUCGGGGUCUGUUGGAAGAAACCCAAGGCCUUCCAAACAUUUCUGAGGAAGCAAACCAUUCUAAUACAGAAGGUUCUGUACUGUGUCAAAGUGGACAAGUUUGAGGAUCAGUUACAGUAGAAAUCACGGGGACAGAGAAAAGCUUGAGGUGUGGAUUGGUCCUGCUGGAACAGGAAGGUUUAUGAGAGAUAUCCUGGUUGAGAGUUUUCCUGUUCACUUUUGCAGAGAGGUGGUUUUCCUGAUUUCACGAUUGUUGUGCUGUUCAGAAUGUUGUUACUUGUAGUCAGAAGUAGUAAAAUAAGAUUUCAAUCAUAAAAGGUAUGAUUUCGGAGUGAGCAGAUCAUGAGUGAGUGGUCUUGGGCAGGAAUAUCACAAGACCAUAGGUCGCGGGGGUUUCCCGGCCCAAGGACCAAUCACGAGUCACGAGUGUGUUCUGCUCACUCGGAAAUCAAAACAGGUGAUUAUGUGUUUAUCAAACUGUCUUUAAUGCGUGUUUUGCGUGAAUUCUUUUGAAGAUAUUUCCUAAUUUUUGACAUGACUUACGUUAACUCCAGACGGGUAACAAAGAAUGUGUCAUGACAAACUUUCGAUUACAUUUGUCAAGCUCAGCUUUGGCAUGUUUUCCUCUAAAAAUCGGCAAGUGCAGGUCAAGGAUCUCGGAUCAUGCUUCUCACUUGACCCCUUACCACUGCUUCGACUUCCUCCACUUCAGCUGAGUAGUCAUGACGAUGCAGUAUUUUAGGUCAGUGGCCGGUCUUCUAAAGUCAAAUUUUGUCAUUGAUUUAGCUACUUAAAGCACCCUGAUUUAAAUCACCGCAACUUGUGAUCAUAAUCACAUGGUCAUGGCCGGUGCCUGUGACAAGAUGUGAUGAUUGUAGUGACUUGCAAUCAAUAUCAAACGCAUCAAAUAAUCACAGUUGCAUCGAUUAAAAUCCCUGUGCAGCGAUUUAUAUCGCUCAUUUGUGCGGCGCUGGAAUUGAACAGCCAGUAGUUUUUGAAGUCCUGUGAAUCAGAUGUCAAUAAUGAUAAUAAUAAUAAUCAAGAUUAUGGUCCUAUAUCCAUAUAAAUGCAUUUUCUGUUAGUAAGCACUUUACUUUUAUGUUUACAUUUUUAUAUGCAUGAAAAACAGAAAAAAAAAUAAACAGAUCAAAUAUUUUCACAGAUAAACACGAACAACAAAAAGUUCAAUGCAAUUUGCAUUGAAAAGCAGUCAAUCAAAAUAUCUACAAAAAAGAUGUUUCUUCAAAAGACCAAAGUCUUUGAGAAUGCACAAGGCAGCAGGUGAACAUGUCAUGGUAAUCAUGAUGGAGACGGGUUUGCUGCCCUCAUAUAUUACUGAGUCUAUUUGUUGUCAUUGAUGAUAUUAUUGUUCACCACAGUAAUUCGUAUGGGUUGUAUAGGUUUCAGGUUAAAUUCAACGUGACAAUUUGAUGACAUUUUAGGUAAUGUGUUGCAAGCGCGAGACAAACUACAGUGGAACCUCCCUUAGCGGACACCUCCCUAUCAAGGACAACCUCUCUAUUAAGGACACUAGUUUUGGUCCCAAAGUGGUUGUUUCCAUUCAAUUAGACCUGUCUAAUCAGGACACCGCUCUAUUAAGGACAGCACUUGUCAGUCCCGAGGGUGUCCCUAAUAGAGAGGUUCCACUGUACUGACCGUCUCGUUAUUAGCAACUGCACAUUGAAGAAAGAAUAGAACUAAGAAAGUCACUAAAAUUGCACAUGAUAAACUGAGAGUAUUACAUAUCUGAUCAUUUAAUCUCUAGGCAGUGUUUGACGCAUAAUGCAGCUGUGUUUCUGUAAAUAAGUGCUAACAGAGAGAAAAAACACACUUUUUAAUGGCCUACUUACAACAAUCAUGAAUGGUUUACUUCCUUAUUGAUUUCUUUUAAUAAGAUUGGUAGAUUAUUUUUUGUAAUUUCAAUCAGCUCACAUUGAAUCGACUUGUCUUGACGACGUAAUAAGUUUUUCUCUCGAUAAUCUAAUCGUGCGAAGCUCUUCUCUGCUUUAAGACAUUAUCAGUUAACAUAUCAUAACGUCAACAAUGUGAGUGAAUGCUUCACUGCCUAAAUGAUUUACUUCAUGAACAGUUAACCCCCAGCCCACACCAUGUGAACUGUCAGCUACGUCAUGUGCCACAGCUUUUUCCGUCCCAAGGUACGCUAGCAGAAGACUACAAUUCUUGAAUGUACGCUAUAUGUAUUAAAAACCACUCACUUAUGAAGACAUAAGGAACACAAAUCAUGUAGUUUAUGUAUCAUUUAUUCCACCGUGAAACGUUUAUGCUGAUGUCUCCAGAAUAAAGUGUUUAAAUGCACCGAGAAAGAAAUUCUGUGCGUAAAAAUGUAGAGAAAUUUUUCACGGAGAUAGAGUCCUGUAGCGUCAAAAACUGGCGUGACGUAGCCAACAUUCACCACUUAUCCCCACCCCAUAUCUUUAACCUACAUCUUCAUCAACUGGCAACUGAGUGUCGUUUCGUCAUUUCCAACUCGGCUGAUGUAAAAAGCGUGUGUAUUCAUUUUGUCUCUUUUUAAAGGGAAUUUAUUUCCUUUGUUUAUUUGAUUUUGUUAUGUUUGGCCUGUUUACGUUGCCAGAGUUUUUGUUUUGAAUAGCCAAUGUAAUCCAUAAAGUUAGUAGAGAAUUUAUUUUCUUGUUUUGUAGCUAUAUAUAGAGUCAGAGAAUAGCCAUUUGAACAACGGACUACAUGUACUUUAUACAUAGUCUGCCGGGUUUAUUUCAUAUUUAUCAGAAUAUGAUACCAAGAAUUAAUAAAGACAAAAUCUUUAUCAAUUCUUGAUAACACCUACAGGUUUUGGAGUGUAAUCUCUUGCGUUCCUUGUUGAACAAAAGCUGUCCAAAAGUUAAUCAUUGAAGUCUCAGUUCUUGAGCUGAUUCCAAAACCAACAAAAAGGCUUAAAACACAGAUGUGCUUAUACACUAUUUGCCAGUUGAGAAUGUACAUGAACUGUACAUCAAUCUGACUGAUCAGGAUGUCUGCAUCUUAAAAGAUUAAAAGAUGCAGACAUCCUGAUCAGUCGGUGUUGAUCGCUCGGGCAAGCUGCAGACAUCAUUCUCUGUUGGGCAAUAGGCGAAUACUGUAAAUUUGUAAAUAAAAGUUUUCAAUGUGGACAAGUGUUUCAUACCAGACAGUGCUAUACAGACGGGAAGAACAGUCCAGUUGCUACAUCCUUUGUUAUUUAGGAUUAUUAUUAUUAAUUAUUAUUAUUAAAAACAUUUUUAUAGCGCUUAACGUUGUUGAAACUUCUAAGCGCUUUACAAUUUAUAAUAAAACAUAACAUUAAUACAUGAUAGAAUAAAAGUCAUUACUAAAGAAAACGUGCAAAGGAUUCAAAAGAAUUUCUUAAAAAUAUGAGUUUUUAGUGCAGUUUUAAAACGACCCAGGGUACUCUGGCCACGAACACUAUUUGGCAGCUCAUUCCAUAGCUUUGGUCCCGCCACUGCGAAUACAGAGGAGCCUAUCAGGAUAGACUUGUGCACAUUUUAAUGCCGCCAAUGUAUAUCUGACACAAAAAUCCCACCAAGUUGUAUUGACAAUCCUGCAUAACGAAGACAUCUAUGGACUCUUCUCUCGGCAUAUAUAGCACUGUACGCCUGUGCACAUUGAUUAUGUGUUGUUGCUUGUAGUUCAUAGCACACCAGCUUUAUUUUGAGAUAGUCACAUUUUGUAGAUGUUUAUCCAAUAUUUAUCAAGUUAAACAGUUUGAUACUUAAAGUUUUCAAAAACGAAAAUAUAUAUUUAUUAAUCUCUGUUGAUUAAUAAUAAUCAUUGUUAACAAACCAAAAAAAGAUUAAGAUCUGUGUAUUUUUAAGGUCCAUUGGAUCCAUGACUUAACCACCGAAAUUGGGUAGAAAACCCAUCGACAUUUUUCACUAAACUGCCUCAAAAGACUCUUGGGUGUUAAAUGUUCAGCUUCUUGUUGGUGGUGUGUUUGUCACUGGCUAUGUAAAGCCCAUGUGUGGUGAGAUUCUCUCCACUUAUAAAUGUUAGCAAGUAUAGAUUUGAGACUACCUUCAAUUCAUACUUGAUGUUAGGUAUGUUUUUCCUCUUAACCCGAAGACCAUGACUUGAAGGGUAUACUAUGCCUUGGUACCAUACAGGUCUGGGGGGUCAGCUUCUGUUGACUUCACAUCUCUUAAGAAUCGGAACAGCCCUCCAAGAAUAACCUGAACGUCACUCCGUAAUGUGUCACAAUAUUCAAGUGAUGAAUGACAUACACUGGCCGCAUAAGUUGGCCAUUUUCUUUCUCCAUGUCUAUGCUGUCAAGUUGCUGGGCUGUCCUAGAUGGUACUUUGUCGUAAAAUUCCAUGUGAUGUUAAUUUAUCUAUUACUGUGAUACAGAGAGUUAAAAGUGCCAUAUUAGAUAUAACAUUUGGGGAAUCUCGAUUUAACCCUUUUAGUAUGGGGAACUUCUUUGCGGUAUUGCACUUUUUCACAUUGAAUACUUGGGGAGGUUUUGUUGAGAACUUUACCUGUGAAUACCAGAUUUUGUCUGCGAGUUGCCAAGAUCACCAAGUCCAAUGUCGCACCAAGCACGAUGGUCUCAGACCUCUCAUUCCUGAGGUAUAGUAUUAUGAGACACUGAACUGCCAUUUCAGGGGGUGUGUUCUUGAGGAGACGGAACAUAACAAAAUUCAUGGUAAUUCCAACAGGUAUGACAAACACGAACAAGUCACAGAGGUGUGUGAAGAAGACCAAUGCUGUCGGUGUGGUGGCUCCAUAAGCUACCAUUCGGAGUUUGAAAAAUAUUCAAAGUUGUCACAUACCGCAAGGUGGGUCACCAGGCUGAAGGGAUUAAGCAGACUGGAACUAGUUAAACUUCAAUGCAGUCAUUUACAGUGUAUAGCAUUACAUGUGUGUCUGACAUCUCGGUGUGUGUUUGAUUAAUAAAGCACAUUUUGGAA